AUGAAGCGAGACAUUGGUCAGUGCAAAAGCUUACUCAGUUUUAAUCGCGAUGAAUUACGCCGUCUUUGGUUGGAAUUAGUUGAACAGCGGCGCUCCAUGGAGCUUAUUGAAGUUCUUGAUCGAGUCAAAUCCGCCCCAGAAAUUUUGAAAACUCUUAUCGCUGCUAAAGCUUGGCCGGAGGCAACUGAAUAUCUAAUCAAAAUCACUGAAAUAAUGACCAAAGAAGUUGAUCAUGUGCCAGCCUUGGAUGUUGUUAAAUCUGAAUUGGCAGCUAAGAAAAAGUUGCUGAUUGAUGAAAUGAGGACAAACCUUUUCUAUUUGGUAUUCAAUCAACCGAUUGCUCUGAUUAUCAGUGAAAAACAUAACUGUUUUGCGCCUGAUAUAGCUGAUCAACUCUCGGAUUUUUAUCUUCCAAAUCGACGUUAUUCCUCAAUCAAUGAUGAUUCUGUCUUCGGUAAUCUGCCACUUUCAGAUUGGCGUUCUUUGUCUUCUGAUGCUCCCGAGGUUGAUUCAAGCCUGUUCAAGGACCCACAGGCCUUUGCCGCAAAUCUCUUAGCUAAACGACAAACGAGUUCUGGAAGUGGGUCUACUACUAGAGAUUCAAAAAGUAGUCGGUCACACGGUAGAGGCGACCGGAGUGGUGAUUUUAUGAUUACUGAUAAGAAAAAAUGGGCAGAAUCUAUUGUUGCUCUAACUCAUUGUCUACACAGACUUCAGAAACUCUCCCAGGCUUUCUACACCUGGCGAAUGAAGGUACAGAAUGUUGAGGCUAACAGUUUAGGCGGGACCUCAAAAUCUGCCCGAAACGUCAAUGAGAUGUACUCCCCAGGAAGGGGAUUGAUCACAGAAGUGCACAAUUCGAUCACCCUGCCCGCCAUUGCUGAGGUAGAACGAAUAUUAGCAGCUCAAGGUGAAACCUCACCCGCAUCGACUUUAGCGGAUCCGACUUGUCUUGUGGAACUCCUGCAACUACUCUUUCCCGCAUUCUGCAUGCACUUCAAUGCUUUUAUGCUAGUACUGAAUACCAUUAAGAAAAUCAGGGAGAGCACCCCUAAUGUCACCUUUCAGUUUUUGGAUGCCCUCUCCGAGGAACACAUCUGGGGGUAUAUUCAGAUGGAGGUGCAAAGCAUUCUCUCCGCCCACCUUUCAAGUCAAAAGGGCCUGAACGGGGAGGAUUUGUUUCCCUCGUCCGUGGCAGCAGCAGCGGCGAAUUUCAAUCCCAGCAAGUUGGACUUGAAUGCUCUAAUGGGGAAAAAGCGUGGCGCGAUCACAAGCUUCCUCUCAAAUGUAACUGGCGAUUCCAAUACGGAAGCGAAUGGUAGCAGCAGUAACAGUGCAACAGGUGGCGAAGAGUCUACGCUUGCCAGGAAUGGGGAACCGUUUUUCAGUUUCUCAAAGACGGCUCAUAGUUUGAGCUUGAAUAGCUAUCUUCGGGAAAAUCGCAUCAAUAUGCCUUUUGGCAUGCCAUCGGAACAUUCUAUGGAAGCUGACGGAGGUAGCAGUGGGGGUGGAAUGUCGAUGGAACUAACGGCCUCCUAUCCAACCGUUUGCCGUCCCUGCGCUGACAAUGUCAAGGUCAUUUACUCCCUAGUCCUCACUUUUGCCAGACUGAUCGAACUUCAGCCAGUAUCGGCCCAAAAUGCUAUGCAACGUGUUCUCGAUGGAGAAUCCAAUUUGACGAUUGCUGAAGCGGACGUUCAAGCGGGUUCAACUACCGCCAGUGGACGACGUCAACCACCUCCGGUUCCCGCUCGUAAAGGUAAUCGAAGCAGCAUUACUUCUGCCUCAGUUACCCAAGGUCUUCGAAUUGCUCUCUUGGCAAUGGGAGCUCCUAAAAUAUUGCCUCAAAAUGGAGAUACCAAACCACAGAGCUUUGAAUUGCCCGCGCUUCAGGUCCGGUGUCAACUCCGAGUCUUUCUAACCAACUUUAUUGAGCAACUCUACCUCCCCAAUGCGGAAAUCCAACUCCAGCAGCCCAUCAUUAGCGCCGUGUCCAGCCAAGAUGCAUUGACAAUGAUUGUUCCCCAACAGACUCAACGAGAACUCGGUCUUCAGAGGCCUAUACUUAUGGUGGCAUAUCUAACGAAUCAGGCGCUGGGAGAGACGAAGGGGAUGGCCACUGCACUACCGAAUUACAUGCUGAAAUGCGCUCAAAUUGGGCUCUCAAUCCUGGAAAAAUUCGUCUCGUGGACCUCCUCCGUUUACAAGAGUAUAAGCGUAUCAGUUAGCAGUGGAGCGGCCAUUCCGAGUGCCGAGUGGGCAAGAGACAAGGAUCUCAGUAGAUUUUGGACGAACUUUCCUGUAUGGCAGAGGUUGAUGGCAGCCGAUGCGUUUGCAGCUGCCAGCACUACUCACACAGUAGGUAACCCGCAUGAUCCCCAAUUAGGAAAUGGUAUAACCUCUCAAAAAUUGUCCGGAGAUCGGCAGUCAAUUUCAUCUGUUAACUCAAAUACCACUACAUCGAGCUCUAAUUUGAGUGCAGCCGCUGCUAUUGUUCUCGGCCUCUCAAAUCUGGGACUCAAUGGACGCAGUGAUCCCACUUUCACAGGUGGACCCUCUAUUCAGGCCAUUCCAUUCGCUAAUUCUGCUCUUGGCCAGGGAGAUGGUAUUGACGGAGCAUCAGAUGUUAGUGGUGUGAGAAGAAUCUCCAAACAUGAUGAUAUCCUAUUGCACGAGAGGGAGACGACCAGAUUGGCGAGGAAGGAGAUGGAUAAUCUGCUGCACAUAAUUCGAGACGAGGUGGGUUCGAGCACAGACUUCUGCCUGCCUACGGCUGGAAUGCUUACAAUUAAGAGUAUGGGUCGCUUGCGUGAGUCAGUGCACUGGUUGGAACUUUGUGUACAGAAUUGGUUGUCCUGGCUUGAGAGCAGUAUGGAGUCUGACUUCAACAUUGCCCCAUUUGUCGCAGUCGGAGAAGAGUUGACUGCACUGGCUAAUGCUACUCUCUUGAGUAUCUACUUGGACGUUCGAGUACAAGCCUACAAUCUCCUCGCCAAUCUCCCUCGAACUGCAAAUUUCUGGUGUCCCGUGGAUGAAGUCGACGUUGACCCUGAGAUCACUAAGUGUCUCGUCUAUUGGGAUCAAUUGCAGGAAAGUAUUGUCCACGCCUAUUGUCCCCACGAGAUCAGAUUCAUUUUCGACGGAUUGGGCGACUUCAUUUCACAAAUAUUCCUUCGCCUCAUUCCUCAAAUCACUCGCAUGAAUGUGAAUGGCAAUCGAAAGAUGUGUCGAAAUAUCUACAAACUUCAACAAACCCUUGCGCUCCUCACUGAAAAUCACGAAUCUGAUUUGAUUCGCGUGAAACAACUCUACGAACUCUUCUAUCUCACACCUGAAUCUGUGGUAAACAAGGUGAUUGAACAAGGAGUCGCCUUUGAAGUGGGUGUCUAUCAGAAUCUUCUGCGGCUCUACCAACGCAGUCAUCCAUCACACGAUCAUAGUCGAACUGAUGACAAUAUUGCCAAAUUGUCUCAAAUUAUCCAUUCAGGAACCAUGUCUGUAGACGAAUUCAACAAGAGGACAAGAAAGCUAUGUCUUUCCAGGAGAAACUUAUUUAAAGGCACCCCGAUUGAACAGCUCUAUAAUCGACUACAGAUCCAUUCUCCUGGUUAUUUUGCAGGACCGAAUUGUUGCUCCGAGGUCUGUCUCGGAUGCUAUCGAACGCUCGCCCAUGCCGAUCGCAAGUAUCGGUUGAAAUCGGUGAAAAGGAGCAGGAAUAGAAUGGAGAUGCAUCAAGUGAAGGAGACUUUCACGUGCCGAUAUUGCAAAGUCCGGGUGAGUGCACAAACUACAAUCCCAAAGGCUCCUCUCCAGACUCUCCAAUUUUGCAGAACUCCAAAAGCGACGAAAACAUCAUCAUCCUCCUCCCCCUCCGCAGAUAUCUUCAAUUUAUCCUCGAAUUCAACACCUAGUAGUAGUGGCAGUGGCAAGAAGAGUCGUAGGAGGAAGAAGAGGCAGGAACUGGCCAAAGAAGUGCGUUUCCAGCAGGCCAGUGCAGCCAAUCAAAAGAAACAAGGUGGACGCUCCUCGUUGAAUGACUUUCUUGAACUUCUAUGA